CUGCUUUAUGUCAUAUGAAGCUAACAGGCUAACAGGCUAACAGGGACCAUGGAGGAUCUGAGCCGGUCCACACCGGGAUGGCGACGCGGUGUCACCGGAUCCCGAUAACCCCCGGUCCACGGUGGCGACCCUCUCCUCUAUCUGCUCCGUUCAUGUGUUCACUCAGCCGGUUAUCUCUCUGUGACCUUUGACCCUCUUCAUGUCUUCAUCCCGCUCAGCUAGCUAGUUAGCCUGUUAGCAUAGUUAGCUGCUAUAAAGCGGCUCUGACUGAAGCUAGCGGACUUCCUCAGUCUCUCAGCGGACCCUCUAGACCGGGAUGCGACAUGGCAUCGGUCCGGGUGGCAGUCCGGGUCCGACCCAUGAACCGACGGGAGAAGGACCUGACUGCAAAAAGCAUCAUUCACAUGGAAGGAAACAAAACCACGGUCACCAACCUGAAGCUCGCUGAAAGCAUCGCGGCAGACUCAGUGAGGGAUCGGACAAAGACUUUCACGUACGACUUCUCGUACGACUCCACCGACUCAAAGAGCUCGGCUUUCGUCUCCCAGGAAAAGGUCUUUAAGGAUCUGGGUUCAGAUGUCCUGAAGGCGGCCUUUGAGGGCUACAACGCCUGCGUCUUCGCCUAUGGACAGACCGGCUCCGGGAAGUCCUACACCAUGAUGGGAAAUCCAGGAGACGCAGGUCUGAUCCCGAGGUUCUGUGAAGGUCUCUUCAGCCGGAUCGCCGGGGCCACUCGAUGGGAUGAAGCCUCAUUUCGAACAGAAGUCAGUUACCUGGAGAUCUACAACGAGAGGGUGAGGGACCUGCUGCGGAGGAAGUCCACCCAGACCUACAACCUGAGAGUCCGGGAGCACCCGAAGGACGGCCCGUAUGUGGAAGACCUGUCCAAACACCUGGUGCAGAACUACAGCGACGUGGAGGAGCUGAUGGAGGCCGGGAACAUCAACCGCACCACGGCCAGCACGGGCAUGAACGACACCAGCAGCCGCUCGCACGCCAUCUUCACCAUCAACUUCACGCAGGUCAGACACGAGGGAACGACUCAGGGAGGAGGAACGGUUCCUCAGUCUUCAUCUUGA